AUGGGAUUCGGGAGUUGGCCAAGCCCGUAUGCGUUGAAGCUGGUAACUGUGGGUGAGAGCAAGCACGGUUCACAAUGUGUGAAUCCAUGUGCAUGGCCGUCCUUGGUGGUGCCGCAAUGUGAGCAGCCAUGUGCGUGGCCAUCUGUGCUGGUACCCCAAUGUAAGGAGCCGUGUACUCUAAAAAAAGGCAGUGUACCGCCACUCAAUGGAGACAUCGAGUUUUGUAAAACGGAGGUUCUCGCCGGAAUCCUCUGUAUUCAGUGUCAUAUCGGGGCGUUGCGAAUGCUCAAGGCGAUGGUGAACGGCUGA